UAGGGUUCAGCAAAUCUUAAUUUGAUCCAGUGCUUGUUUAUAUGGCUGAGAUCAAAACAUAAGCAACACAAAGCACCAGUUUGAUAAAUGCAAAAGACAACAAUUUAUAUAUUUGAAGUAAAUAGUUAAACGAGGUUAGGUUUUAAUUAGUGCAUAAUUGCUGUCCACAAAAUAGUUUGGUGGUCGUUGUUUUUUUUCGAUAUUUUAUUGGGCUUUUUUGGAAUGGUUCUGGUAAUUACAAUCUGAUUUUUAACUUGGGUUGCAUGGAAAUGUUGUUUGUUUGCUGUUAGUGUUUUUUUUCUGGAAACUUAAAUCACUUUUUGCCAUUAGCAACGAAUUCAUAAAAUGAAGGAUAAAUUCAGUCAAAUGGAAGAUCGUGUCAUUUCUGCACUUGAAGUACUCAAAUAUGACGAGAGUUGCUGUACAAAAGCGAAACUGAAAGAUACUAUCAAUUCUGGUAUAGUCGACGCACCGUUUAUUCAGUUAAUUGUUUGGUUAGCAACAAAAUUGAAAGAUUUUUGCCAGUUCGAAGAAAUAGUCACUGAUAAUCGAGAAACGUUCAUAUUGGAAUUAAAAGGAUUUGUCAGGGAACUAGGUUUUCCUUAUAAUGACGUAUUACAACGGUAUGGCUUGAGUAGUGCUACUGGCAAAUUGUUUAUAUUAGAUUUUUUAGUUAGUGAGUUACAAGCCUGUCAUAUGUAUGCUUCAGCACAUUGUGAUGAUGAUGUGAAUGCUGAUGAAAAAAUGGAUGUCGACUUAAAUGCAACAGCUGUUUGCGUGCAAACCAUUACAGAUGUCCUUGAUGUUCCCGCAACAUCGAACGUCAAAAAACUUUUUGACGAUGUCAAAUCCAAGCUAAAGCAAAAGUUAUCAACGCUACCAGAAAAUUACCUUUCCGAACCUUUAAUGACGAAAAACUUAAAUUCGAAACAGUGGGAAGAAGUGUCGAAGAUUAACGAUGCUAUGUGUCAAGAAUAUAAAAUGCGAAGGAAAGUGUUGAUAAAAAGAGUUGAUGUCACUAUACAAUCGUUCACAUGGUCGGAUAAGUUAAAAAACUCUGUGGAAGAAGUCUCACAAGCAUAUCAACCUAUCCGUACUUUGCUAGUGGAAGACUCGCUAACAUCAAUAAGUGACGUAUUAGCUGCAAGAAAAGAUUUAUACGUGAUACAGAAAACAAGCAGUGGUGACGUCAGAGAAGGCACAAAGUCUGAAAUACACAAAGUUAUGAUUGGAAAGGUUCCUGACCGAGGAGGUAGACCAUCAAAUAUAGCACCGGCCCCCGAAAUGCCGAGGUUUCAACAGCGAAAGCCAGACCCUCCGAGAGGUGGUGGUGGAGGUUACCGGGGAGGCGGCAGAGGUGGCUAUAGAGGUGAUUAUCGUGGCGGCGGUGGCGGUAGUGGUGACCGCGAAGGCGGUGGUGGUGGUGGUGGUGGUCGCGGACAGUAUGAAAGAGCUGAUAGUGGUUACGAUGGUGGAGAUCAACACAAUGAUUCUAAGCGCAGAUACAGUCAUGAUGACGCAUACGGUAAAGGAGGCGGAAAUACAGGACGUGGAAGAGGCCGUGGCUGGGGUGGUCGAGGGAGAGGCCAGGGUGGACGCCAACGAAGUUUUGACCAAAGGGAUUCUCAAAUGUAUUAUAGCUGAUACUGCUUUUAAAGUCGACUAAAGAAUGGUUUUGUCAUAAAUCCAAUUGGUAAAGGCAAGGGUUGACAAUAGCGCACACUACACUUUCAAGGUAGUGAAAUGGUAUAUACAUGCAUAUAACAUGGGAUAAAAGUUGAGUUUUAUACCACGUUCUUCGCUUUCAAUGUAGUCUUAUUAUCGAAUAAUGAUAUCAUAAAUGAUCUAAACAAACAUAUUUAAUACAAUUAUAGCUAUGUUUUGUAAUUUUAGGCUUUUUUAAAUUAAAUAUAAGUUGUCGUUACAGCUUCCGUGCGACUAAAUUCGGAAGACA